CCAAUUAUACUAGUUCAUAAAGUCACCAAUGCACGGCUUUGGAGAAUAUUAUCCAACUGUAUGACCAUGAGCCUGCAGUAAAAAGAGAGCGAGUGUAGAAGUUAAAAUGGCGGUUCAUAUGUGCUGUGUCAGCACCUGAAUUGUAUUUAAUCGGUGAGAGAAGGAAGACGACGGGUACGUACAAAUAAAAAAUGAUGAUAUCAACAACUCAAUAGUACGUUUAGACAUCAAGUAUUUUGGCAAGUUUAUAAAUUUGUCAUUGUAUUAAGAAGGUAUAUGAAUGUAGAACAUGAAUAAGCGCUCAAUAAGUGAAAAACGGUUAGAAAAAUAGUUACUGAAAAUAUCGAAUAGCGCUAUAGACUAACAGAAAUUAAGAUAUUCGUAUCAUCAGACUUCUUUGGAUUUGCUACUGUGAGUUUCAUUUUUUGUUACGAAUUACAGAAAAUUAGUUUUUCUUUUAUUGUACACAAGAAAAUAAGAUUUAAUUAUAUAAAGAGCGAGGUGAAAACUAAUGCUAAUAACAAUCAUGAAACUAGGUAACGACUGAGACGAGAUCAGUAGGGUGUUUAUUUUGUGUGCAUUCAUAUUGAUAAAGUUGAGAACACAAGGGUAAUAAGGCCUACGGCAACGCGGGUUUACUGUUUGUUAUCCAGUUUUCAUGUAUCAACUUGCAGUUAAACAAUUUCUUAAAUAUGGCAAUGAAUCCGAGAGAUAUGGAUGGUUUUAUGUUACUUCUAUCAACUACUGAUAUAAAGAAGAAACUUCAAAUUGGUGUACAACUGCUUAACUAUUUAGCUGAUCCAUUCAAGAGCAUUGAGUGUCAUGACAUUGGCUUAUUUAUCGACAAUAUUGUACCAUGGCUCAAUAGUAGUAAUCCCAAGGUUAUUCAAAAUGGUCUAGAUGCACUUACAUAUUUAGCCGACCGAAUGGGCCACGAUUUUAAACCUUAUAUUUCUACAAUUGUUCAACCAACGGUAGACAGGUUAGGUGACAAUAAAGAUUCAACAAGAGAAAAAGCACAGCUAAUGAUUUUGAAAAUUUUGGAAAGGGGUAGUAUGUCACCUCAAAAUUUAUUGGACAAACUUCAACCAGCUUUCACUCAUAAAAAUGCAAAAUUACGAGAAGAAGCGCUUAUACUUCUCACAACGACAUUAAAUGAACAUGGUGCAGAUGAAAUGGCACUUUCUGGUGUGACUCCUAAUAUAGUGAAGUUGUUAUCAGAUCCAACAGAAAAAGUAAGAGAAACUGCAAUGAAUACUUUGACAGAUAUCUACAGGCAUGUGGGUGACAGGUUGCGAAUUGACUUGCAAAGGAAGCAUAACGUACCACAGGCCAAAUUAACUCAACUGAUAGAAAAGUUUGAUCAGUUGAAAGCUGCUGGUGAUAUGUUACCACAGGCAAGAUCUGUUGAAGUUGGAAAAGAUCUUGACGAACCCGACAGAGUGAUAAGAUCGGCAUUGGUAAAACGAACACCAAGUUUGCUGCAAAAAAAAAGUCAGUUUGGUCCGGCUAAAAUAUCGUCUGUAUCACAAGGUCAGGCUGGUGCUGUUGAUGAGGAAGUUUUUUUAAUGGCAUUCGAGGACGUACCUUCAGUUAAACUGUUCUCUAACAAAGAUCUUGAGGAACAAAUGAAAGUGAUAAAGGAGACUAUUGGUGAUGAUAAAAAGGAUUGGAAGCAAAGAACAGAUAGUAUGAAAAAAUUGAGAGGAAUAAUUGUAAUUGGUGGAAUGAAUUAUGACGUAUUUUUUACAUGCUUGAAAGAUCUUCAAAGGCCAUUCGAAUCUGCUUGUAUGGAUUUGAGAUCACAGGUAGUCCGCGAAGUUUGCAUAACACUUGCUUAUUUGAGUCAACAACUUAAGAAUAAAUUUGCCAGUUUCGGUGAGACUGUGUUGCCGACGUUAAUGAACCUCAUACAAAACAGUGCCAAGGUCAUGGCGACGGCAGGUGCAGUAGCCGUUCGUUUUAUAUUGCAAAAUACACAUAGCAGUCGCUACGUGCCAAUGAUUGUGGCAUCGCUAAACAACAAGAGCAAAGAUAUACGCCGUGCAACAUGUGAAUAUCUUCAUUUAAUUUUGCAAUCUUGGCAAACAACCAUAUUGCAGAAGCAUGUCAUUAUACUUCAGGACGGAAUUAAAAAGGGCGUAGCCGAUUCCGAUUCUGAAGCCAGAAUGUUUGCAAGAAAAUCUUAUUGUGCAUUCAAAGAACAUUUUCCUGAACAUGCUGAAAUACUUCUUAACAGUCUUGAUACAACGUACAAAAGAGCUUUGAUGUCUUUAAGCAAUAGCGGUAGUAUAAACAGCUUGAAUGCAGUACAGAAAAUUACUAGUAUUAGUCCACGAGCAUCUAGACCAGCUAUGAGUGCUACAGGUCGAGUUUCUCCUGGAGUAAGAUCAUCCAGUGCCAUAGAUAUUCAAGCUGUUCAGCGAGCUAAAGCCAGAAUGAAGUAUGCUUACAUGAAUCGACAAAAAGUUACACUACCUCGAUUAAAUAAAUCGCCAGAGUCAAGUUGUAUAGUCAGUCCUGAAAGAAUUGCACGAACUAGGACUCGAGUUUCUGGAGUUUCCCAAUCACAACCUAGUAGUAGAUCAGGUUCGCCAUCAUCAAGAUUAAGCUAUGCAACAUAUAAUAGAGAUGGAGAAUCUCUUAUUUCAAGAGCUAAAAUACUGCCAGAUUAUGGAAUGAAAAGCACAGGAAAUAGUCGCGAGCCUAGUCCACAACGAUUUGGUUUUGAUAGAAGCAAUUUUGGAAAUAAAAUUAGAAAUAGAAAUUUGCAUAUGUCACCAACGGAUAGACCUCCGUCUCGACCAGUCAUGGCGCAGAAAAUGCUUCAACAGUCACGUGAAGCGGAAUCUGCAUUAGCCGAUGCUCUUACCUUCGACAGUAUCGAAAAUUACACUAGGACCUCAAAAAGCAAAGGGGAUCACAGUGAUGAUAGUGAAACUAGUAGCAUUUGUUCAGAACGUAGCCAUGAUAGUUUUCGUAGGCCUAGUGAUUCAUUCUCGUGGAAUGGCUCACAACAAAGAUUGUAUCGUGACUAUUGGGAUCAGUCAAUGCCAAAGGACAUUAAAGAAAUAAUAGAAAAUUGUGGUCAUAAACAUUGGGCCGAUCGUAAAGAAGGAUUACUUGGCUUGCAGCAUUUUCUCGCUAAUGGAUAUACAUUGAAUGCAACAGAGUUACGUAAAAUUACAGAUAUAUUUGGAAAAAUGUUUAUGGAUUCUCAUACUAAAGUUUUCAGUUUAUUUCUCGAUACUUUAAAUGAAUUAAUACAAACUCAUUGCGAAGAUCUUAGUGAUUGGCUAUAUAUAUUAUGUACUCGACUUCUUAAUAAAUUAGGAACAGAUUUACUUGGAUCAAUACAAAUAAAAAUUCAUAAAACAUUAGAAGUUGUAAAAGAAUGUUUUACUGGUGAACAGCUAUUACCGUCUGUAAUGCGAUUUUUAACGAAUCCUACGCAAACGCCGAAUUCCAGGGUGAAGGUGGCAACUCUAAUAUUUAUAACUCAAAUUGCUGAAACUGCCGAACCAUUAACUCUGAAUAAUUCCAUUGGACCUGGUCUUGCAAGACUAUUAGAUUGGACAAGUGAUGUAAAAAGUCAGGAUGUUCGGAGACAUGCUCAAAAUUCUGUGAUUGCUCUUUAUAAUUUAAAUCCGUCAAAAUUGACAAUUAUCCUUUCAGAACUACCAAAGUAUUAUCAAGAAGCUGCAUUACCACUUAUUCAAAACCAUUUGAGAAAAUCCUCGAUUACAAGUACACCAGCUUCUCCUGGUACACCUUCACUAAGAGUGCCGAAUUCACCAGCUCGCACGAAAAGUAAGAUAGACAACGAAACCAUAGAUGAUAGCUUGAAUUCAGAAGAAGUGUAUAAAUCUUUGCGACGUACAACGGCAGAAAUACAAAAUUAUGGAUUCGAACGACUAGAAAGAGCGACAACUAGUAAAGAUAGUGGUAUUAGUAACAUGGCUGAUAUUGAAGAAAGGCUAGAAGGCCUUACUUUAUCAAAUUCUGGACGAUCUUCCUCUGUUUCUUCUCCUACUCAACGUGGACAAACUGUUAGUAAUGUGACAAUUAAUGGCUCGAAUGAUACUAUUGCUGGUGAUUUUAUAUUGACUCAAGAAAAUAAUGGUUAUAAAACACAUGGUUCAUCUCCUGAUUCAAUCAAAGGACCUGAAGUUCUUGAUAAUACGUUGAAGAUUUUGCAAUCCGAGGAAUCGCAAAUUACAGAAAGAGUAGCGGCAUUACAAGAAUUCCAGUUAUAUGUUCGAGAGGGUGAUGCUCUUUAUAUAAAACAACACUUUAAAAGACUGCUUAAAACAUUAAUUGGAAGUUUGGCUAGUGAUAAUAAAGAAAUGCAAAUUGAAGUACUUCAAUCUCUUAUAGAUAUGCUAAAGUGUCCAGAAUUAUCAGAAAGCUUUUCUAAUUAUGCUGAAUUAUUAGUUUUAAAAGUAAUUAGAGCACACAAAUUUGAUGAUCAAAAGUCUGACAUCAGUAGCAGUUGCAACAAUAGUAGAACCACGGUAAAAUAUCCAGAGGUACUAAGAAUGGCAGAGAAAUGUGCAGCAACUGUAGCUGUAAUUUUGCCACCUGAACAAACUAUUCAAUUUGCUUCAUCAAUGAUGACCACAGAGCCGUUUCCACAAAACAUGGGUGCAAUAAAAAUGCUUCACAAAGUAGUAGAAUAUUAUGGUAAAGAGGCAAUAAAACUACAUCUUUUAAAAGUCAUGCCAGGGCUUUUAAAGGCCUAUGAUGACACGGAAUCGACAGUACGUAAAAGUGCGGUGUUUUGCAUGGUUGCAAUACACGCAGCAGUCGGCGAAGAAGUUCUUAAACCUCAUCUCAGCUCUCUAUAUGGCAGCAAGCUCAAACUUCUUAAUAUCUAUAUUCAACGGUCACAACAAGCCAGCAGUCAGCCCGCGAGUCCACGAAGCAACAAUAAUAAGAAUUAAUUAUCAACGAACUCAAGUAGUAAUGCUUGCACUGCAGCUGUUACACUGAGAAUAGUAAUUAUGAAAAGAUUUGUACAUCUUGCCGCUAGGCACGCUACUUUUUCGAUAUCUUAGCGAGACUCAACCGUAAUCUGCAGCCGAAUGUUCGCUCUUGAUAAAGUACAAAGAAUCGAAAGCGAGACUGAACGGUUAUGCAUCAUUAUAAGCAACAGUCAAGACGAGCACCGAGGAUUAAGGCGUCUAAUUUCAAUGAGUUCACUUGGAAUUCUAUUGUGUCUCAAAUGACUGUGUACAUAUUUAGAUGAAUGUUUUCGCAAAAAGACCGUUAAGCGCACUUGUUCUUUUUAACGUUGGUCGAUCGAUACAAUUGACUGUACAGCAUCUUGAGCAAUAAAAGCAAUUAAUGAAUAUAUUGUAUUAAUAAUUUUAUACUAAUGAUAAAUCUAAUUAAAUCAUUUUAAAAAGUGUCUGAUAAUGAAGUUUUCGUAAAAAAAGAUGCUAUGUGAUAUUUUUUUAUAUGUUUUGAAUAAUAGAUGAGAUAAAAAGUUAAUAUAUGACUUAA